CAUGACGCCAACAACCGCCAUCAUCUCAAUGCCAUGAAGCCUGCCGACGAGGAGCGGUUUGCGGCGCUGGUGCAGUGGAACAGGGCACAGGGCGGCUUUUUACACCCGCAGGUCGAGGUUUACAGCGACCAACGCACGGGCUUCUCGCUGCGCGCCAGAGAGGAGGCCGCAUCGACUCCGUGCUGCGCCCCGCGCUCCGCCUUGGAUCAGAACCGCGACCAAAAAAAAGACCAAAAACAAGACCCCACGAUCAGCAUCAGCCCGCCCGUUGCCACCCCCGGAAACAGCACCCCUGUUCCCGAGCCGUCGCCACCGCCACAGCCCGUCCCACAUGGGGAUGCCAUUGUCGUCUGCCCGCUAUCCACCACCCUGUCGUUCCUCAAUGCCGUCGUCGGCGGCAACCCGCUGGGGCAGCCCGGCGCCAGCCCGGAACCAGGCAGUGACGACGCUGCUUUCCCUGAGGCCUUUGUGCGCGCCACCCCGCCGCACGUGGUCGGCCGCUGCUUUCUGAUCCAGCAGUACCUGCUUGGUAGGGCCUCGCACUGGCACCCCUAUAUCGCCACGCUGCCGCAGCCCGAGCACCUUGCCUCGUGGGCCCUGCCCGCCUUUUGGCCCGACGACGACGCUGCCUUCCUGGCCGGCACCAACGCCGCUGUCGCCGCCGCCGAGAUGCGCGCCAACGCUGCCUCGGAGGCCCGCCAGGCCCGCCGCGCCCUCGCCGCCGCCGGCUACGCAAGCCACGCCGAGUACACGUCCCUGCGGUACCGCUGGGCCUACUGUAUUUUCACGUCCCGCAGCUUCCGCCCGAGCCUGGUCGUGCCCGCCACCCUCUGGGAGGCUGGGCUGAAGGACCGGGCCGGGUGCGAGAUGGACGACUUUUCGGUGCUAAUGCCUCUGUUCGACGUCGGGAACCACGAUCCGCUGGCCGAGGUAGCAUGGGACGCCAACUCGGUGCCGGGCCAGUGCCGUCUCGUGGUAUCGGGCGACGGCGCAUUCGAGCCGGGCCGGCAGUUGUUCAACAACUACGGCCCCAAGACUAACAGCGAGCUUCUGGUGGCGUAUAACUUUGUGUUACCCGCCACAGAGGCGGUGCACAACGACUACGUGCACCUGCGGCUCAGAUCGGGCGCCGCCCCGCCAGGACAGACGGUCAGGGGUGACAGCGAUGGUGGAGAGUGCGACAACGACAACGCCAAGCAGACCCCACGCGACUUUCUCAUCUCUCUUAGGCCCAUGGCGCAUCCGAGCUCCGUCGUUGGCCGGAAACGGCAAUUCGCCCACAACGGGCCUGGUCCCCGUCCCGUCGUCGGCUCGGCCUUUUCUCAUGUCGAGGACGCGCUGCUGUGGGAGCUGUGCGCGCCCCACCUUCGCAACAGCCCACAGGUCGCCGCGGGGGAGAGCAGCCCAGCAGGCACCCUGGCCGCCGUUUUCGCCGAGCCCGCCCCGCCCGAGCUCGAGGCACUGGUGUCGGGCGCGCGCGAGCUGCUCAUCGGCAAGCUGGGCGCCGACUACGAGCGCCUGCUGGGCGAGGAGCCCGACGAGGCCACGGCCGUCCGCGAGGCGCUGGCCGAGGCCGGCGGGCAGGCCACAGUCGCGGCCCCGCUGACGGGGAACCAGGCGCUCGCGCUCGCGUACCGACUGCAGUGCGAGCAGGUGCUGAAGAGCGCCCUGACGUCGCUGGACCCGACCAUUCGGUUUGAGGCCAUGGACGAGGAGCAGGAGGGUGAUUAAUAUAGAGAGAGACCAGGUAGGAAAACUCUUCUGUUGUCCGUUUGCUCUUGACUCCCUGUUGUUUGUCGUCCGUUUGUCCUGCCUUGGCGGGUGCCGAGCCAGCACCAGCUUCGGCCAGGUGCAGGUUGCUGUUUGCAUGUUUGCCUGUUUGCCUGUUU